GGCUUUAUUAACAGCUGGAAUAUUCAGUCAGCCUGUAAUUAUUUUUCUUUUAAUAUCUCUAUCCCUUUGGGUCCAGGAAGUGGGCCAUGCUUAUCCCGGUCCCACUUCUUGGAUUCUUGUCGUCCUCAUUUUGGUCCUUUCCUGUUGACUAUCAACCUAGUUCGGUGAAAAAUAAGUAACGCCUCGCUUUAGGCCAUUCGUCCCAUUUUGGGCCUACUUUUGGACAUCAAGGGCCAGCUAUAUAUGCCUCCCGUUUCCGCAUCCCUUAUCUCUCAGGUCAUUUAACACAAUAUCCACUGAAAAUGGAUGGCGAUAUUGGUAUUGUCAACUGGAUAUCCUGUGACAAAGGCGCAAUUUUGAAUCGCAUUUUCUCGAAAACAAAAGGGAAGGAAGAAAUGGCAAGCUUGGGGUUCAUUGUGCUGUUCAUCGGCGUUCAUCUUGAGAGAUUCGACGAGAAUGGUUUGGUUUCUGAUAUUAUUGGGAGAUGUGUCCGUUCUGCAAACAGGCCUUUCCCCCAGCACAGGUACAGGACCAUCUUCAGGGACAGCAUGACGUAACACAGUGUCAAGACUGCGACGUCCAACUCACUAAUGAUUCAAUGGACGAACAUCUCAUCAAGGAGCAUCAUUAUCUGGUCCAAGAGCCUUCGGGAGUUGUCUAUGAACCUGGUGAGCAGAAGUCUGGAGUCUCGACAAGGGAGGCCGUUGUGGUGCCGAAGAAAUACAAUGCUCCCGGUUAUUGUCCCAAAUGUGGAAUAUGGAGUGACAAAUUGGAUGAGCAUCUAAGGCGCAAGCAUAAUAUCCGCAGAACGGAUAAGAAAUGAUUCAAAGGGCAAAGGGUGGACUGCGAGGCGGGUGGGGAUAAGUCCUAUUCCGCCAAUCAUGUUUAUAAA